AUGGCCACCGAUCAGGCACAGGAGCACGCGCAGGAGCAGCGCCACAGUAGCUCAGCACUGGAUAGUGGCUUUGAGCAUACCGAGGCCUCUCCCUUACUGCAGGACCACCCUCGACGGCCAGCCCAUCGCACAGGCCUGUCGGUCGCCUCAAUCGCCAGCAUCGCCAAGUUACCCAAGGCGCACAGGAGUAACACCAUCGUGAAUCUGCUAUGCCUCAUCAUCUUCAUCGCUACUUCGGCGGGUGGCUUCGUUGCCAUCCCGUACACGCGUCUGGUGGAGGAUGUCCUCUGCCACCAGUACUACGACGUCGAAAGCAUGCAGCCCAUCGACGAGAAUCUCUGCAAGGAAAAUACGAUUCAGAGCAAGCUGGCCUUCAUUAUUGCCAUUGGGGGCGCAAUCGAUGCCAUUGUCGGCUUCCUUGCCGCUUUCCCAUGGGGACUUGUGGCGGACAGAUUUGGACGAAAGCCUGUCUCUGCCCUCGCCAUCGCUGGCUUAGUGAUGGGUCUGCUAUGGACCAUGGCCGUCGUGUAUUUCCACAACGCUCUUCAACUUGAGGCCGUCUGGCUGGCGUCGGCAGGUUCACUGCUCGGAGGCGGCAAUGCUGUCCUCAUUGGCGUAAUACUGAGUAUGAUCUCCGAUGCGACUAACGAAGAGGAAAGAGCGAUCGCAUUCAUGCGCACUCAUGUCUGUAGCCUCGGUGGAAAUCUGCUAUCACCUGCACUCGCUUCCGCCAUGAUGAUAAAGACAGGCCCAUGGCCACCUCUAUGGGUUGCCGUGGCUCUUCAAGUCGUCAGCGCCGUCUCGUUCCUCUUCUUGCCGGAAACGCUGCCACACAAGCGGCUGCAUGGGAAUGACGAGGCAACGGAGCCCGCCAACCUCAAGUCACGAAUGUCCCGGUAUCGAGAGUCCUUGUCAAUGCUCAAGUCACCUUCAUUGGUGCUUCUCCUGCUAACAGCGCUGGUCACCGGGCCCGUUGCCUACUCGACCCUCCAGUUCAUGGUACAGUUCAUCUCGAAGCGAUACAGUCUUAGACUCUACGAGACCGGCUACGUCCAGGCCGCAUUUGGUGUUGCCCAGGUCGUACAAGCGCUCAUCAUCCUACCGUGGUGGUCAAGGUUCCUCUUGAAGGAGACCACACCUGCCACUUUACGAGCGCCCGGUGAACACCACCGGGAUCUCAGCAUCUCCCGCUGGUCGUUCGCCAUCCUCACCAUCGGUGUUAUGGUCCUCGGACUUUCGCCAACCCUGGCCAGCUUCAUCUUCGGGCUCAUGCUCAUGGCCCUCGGGUCAGGUUUCAACAGUCUGGCGAGGAGCGUCAUGAGCCUGUACGUGGACCCGGAGCAUCGAUCCCGGCUCUUCAGUCUCGUCGGCAUGGUCGACGUGCUGGGUGUUGUCUACGCCCAACCCAUGCUUGCCGGUCUUUUCGCGCUGGGGCUGAAACUCGGCGGCGGCUGGAUUGGACUCCCUUACUACGGCUUAGCGGUUCUUGUAGCUACCGCGGGCUCCCUUCUGCUGUUCGUCAGAUUGCCGGGCACAGGGCAAGGUCUGUCGCCGGCACAUGAGGACGAGAACCACCAAGACUAG